AUGACACAAGGGUCUCAAUACGAUAAUUUUCAGGAGAAUGAAGACUCGGGUUUUAGAGUAAGCGAAGAGGGUCAGAUCCCUGGUGCUGAAUAUUCAGAUGCAGAGUCAUACACGAGAGAUAAUCCGAAGAAAAGAGCUAGAACUGUGGAUUGGAGAGAAAGGGAAUCCAAAAUGAUGCUUGAUGAAAGAAGUCAUGAGAUAUAUGAACAUGUGUUAUCGAGUGCGUAUCCAAUUCGUCCAGGUGAAAAAGAGCUUUCGAAAAUGAUUGGUCAGAAGCCGGAUUGUAAGUUUUUUAAGAGAGGAGCUUGUCGGAAAGGUUCAGAUUGUCUAUUCUAUCACCCAAAGGAAAUGGAUGUUGGAGAACAGGGUAGAACUCUGAGUUUGAAACCUAAUGAUUCAGAGAGGAGGUACAAAACAAAGUCAACAUACUGGCAAGAGAAUAGGGUAAGGAAACAAAACCAGAAGAAAGAAGAUUUUGGAUUUGGAAUUAACGAAUUGGGUCAGUUUCGUGAUCACCAAGGCUCUAACAAAGACGCGCAAGGGAUUCAGCUACAACAGAGACAUAAAGAUGUUAAGAUGCGGAAAAGGUCUAGAAGUCCGGUUCGGAGAGCCAAUGAAUCAAGAGAAAGGUUUGGAGGUAGAUCACCAAGACGCCAUGAGUUGGGAUAUUUCAAGUGUGAAAGGGAUUUUCGAAUGAAUUGCACCAAAGUUCAAGACAAUCUUCAGAAACCAAGUAUGGAGAAAAUCGAGAGGCAGAGGGGAGAGGUUCAAGAAAAUUUAAAACAACAGAGGUUUCAGGAUAUAUCAGAUAACUAUAAUGUAGAUGCUCAACAGAAUCGGCAAGAAAAAAAGAAAAACAUUGAAAACGAGAGAAGAGUAGCUCGUUUGAGAAUUGAACAGAUCCGACCCACAGCUUUGUUUGACGAGUGGAGCCGACCCAAAGAAUUGAUGAUCGACAUGGGGUUCACAGAUUUUCAAGGCUACUACUUUGAAACAUAA